GGGAAGACGGCAGUCCACGUGCGGAAAAGCGCUGACUGAGUCCUUGCAGUAGGGCCGGUUGGUGAGGCUCCUCCCCUUCCUUGUGGUUCUCUCAUCAGACGCCUCGACCCGAGCAAUCGGUGCCUUCUUUCCACAGCCGGCGGUCUCUCUUUAGUUCUCCAGCUGCCCUGCCCUGUUCAGCUCUGGCUGUCCCUUUAAACCCUCAUUUAGGGCCGCCCCUUUCCCCCCUCCUACUCGCCAGGCCCGGAGCGUGAGGCGAGCUCGCGCUAGAGCGCAGGCGGAGCAACGUCGAAGGGGCUGUUGCCUGUGGCGGCGAAGAAGGAAACAGAAGCCGGAGAGUUGGAGGAAGAACGAACGAGAGGAAAAAAGUGUCCUCGCGCUCAUCGGCCCCGCGAGGCGCCGGUGCAGAGGCGGGACGCCCCGUUGCCUCGCUGCUACUUUUGUGUUAGGAUUAGUUUUAUAUUUUGAGGCCGUGAAUGUUGCAUUGGCCGAGCCCUGCGCCAAGAGGAGACGGCUCUCUUCCCCUCCCCCGCCGUUCCCAGCACCAGACAGACAAGGGCACGCGGGCCUUGCAGCAGCCCAGCCUCCUGGUGCCUUGGAGUGACGGAGGGGAUUUGUGGAGCCGGCCGCUUUCUCAUCACCCGCCGUGCUGCCGGGCACGCACAUCUGCUCUGCAGAGCCUGGGGAGAGCGGGGCUUCUGGAGAUUAAAGAGAAAAAUACAGACGAUGUUGGUUUGGAAUGAUAAAGGGUGGAUUUGAGAUCAGCCCACUCCUGACAGAAAAAAAGAAUAUGUGCAUGCAGGCUCACUUUGCUUUUCAAGGGGAUCUUGGUAAAAGUCACCACCAGUAGAAUUAAUCUGAGCCUUGAAAAGCAUUUGGGGCUGAAAGAAGAAAUCGGAGAGAGUGUAACUCUUCCACCUUCCUCCUUUAAUUCUAUGCAGUUUUUCAGGAAGGAAAAGGUAGACUUGACCUCUGCCAAGAAAUCCUUAAAACAUUGGAGGGGGAAAAAGAUAAAAAACAUUGGUGUCUAAAAGAUGUGCCAUGGAAUGGUAUCGACAAAGAGCACCACAACAUCGCUGCUUACCUUGAUCAGUCAUGGGAUAUUUUUUCUGUUGGUUAUCUUCAGUACACUCAUGGUGGAAGGAUUGGACUCAUUCUGUCCACCGCCACCCGAACCUGAGAAUGGAGGAUACAUAUGCCAUCCAUCCCCCUGCAAAGAUCCAUUGACAUCUGACAGUGUCAUAGAGUAUUUAUGUGAGGAAGGCUAUUUGCUGAAGGGAGACUACAAAUAUUUGACCUGCAAGAAUGGAAAGUGGAAUCCAGAAAUGGAGAUUACCUGCAGGCUCAGCCAAGAUAAAGGUUCUCCUCCAAGUGUGGGAGUGCCCACCCUGUCUGUAGUGGCUUCCACAGCAAGCUCUGUAGCUCUCAUCCUUCUUCUAGUUGUGUUGUUUGUUUUGCUGCAGCCAAAGCUGAAGUCCUUUCAUCACAGCAGACGUGAUCAAGGUGUUUCCGGGGACCAAGUUUCCAUCGUGGUGGAUGGAGUUCAGGUAGCUUUGCCAUCCUAUGAAGAAGCUGUCUAUGGCAGUGCUGGGAACUGCAUACCUCCUUCGGAUUCACGGGUACAGAUUGUCCUUUCGGAGGGAGCUGGGCAAAGUGGAGCAAGGGAGAUGCAGCAGCUGCCACCAGACCAAGUGGGUCAUAACUGCUUUACUGGGGAGGAUGAAGUCCCUGGACACUCUGGACUGUGUGAAGCUGGCAGCUCUCAACACUCAGAGGCUGUUCUAGUGCAUCAGGCUACCACGUCCUCGUGGGUAGCUGGCACAUCUUGUAGUAGACCUGGGCAUAAAGAAGCUCCAGACUCGGAAAACAGUGAUGUACAAAGCCUUCUGUCACUUGCUUCCUCAGAAGAGUACACUGAUGAUAUUCCAUUGCUGAAAGAAGCAUGAGGCUUGCUGCAUUUGUCUAGCCUUUUCUCUCCAUUUUCCUUCCUGUGGGAUGAUGAACUCCGUGCAGACUUUCCCCAUCCUUGUGCACUGUGCCCCAAAUACCUCCAAACAUACAUCCUUUAGCUGAAGAUCCAAAGGAUGCUGCCAGGAUACCUCCUCGAUGCAUCAGUGGGGUGUACAGGGUGUCAGCCGUCCCCCCUCCCAUUCAAUCUGCAUUAAGGGUGGGGGCUUCAGUGAUGUUAAUGGACUUAUGCUUCUCCUACCUCUCCCCUUCCCCAGCAAGAUGUUUGAGUGUGGUCUCUGGACAGCUGCUAUUUACUUGUGCCUUGCUCCUUCUCACACUGGCUUGUUGCAGCUUCUCAUGGGCCUUACGAGCUUCUGGAUUACUGCUCAGAAAGCAGGGCCAAAAAACAGUUUGCUUUGCUGGGUGCAGAUAGUUUCCUUCCAUUUAUUCACUGUCUUAUGAAGGCAAGUCAGUACUCCGGUGGAUGUGCCGUGAGGAGGAGUGGGGUGGGAGUCUGGUAGGAGUGACAUACACAUACGGCAGCUCUCAAAUGUUUUCAACAUCAUAUACAUGUAGCUGCACUUGAACUUAUUAGGCAAUGUUGAUUGUGUUAAAGGAAAUUGUGACUUUUUUUAAAAAAAAUCCUUAAUGGCAAGCUUAGGCUGUUACUUGCUUUUUUGUUUGUUUCCCUUUGUGGGAUGAAGUGUCUGUACCUCUGCAAGCUUCCAUUUAAAAAAAAAUCUUUCUUCCUCCAUUUUUGUUCAUCAAUGACAUUUCUCUAAACUUGGUGUGGGCUGAAGUCUAGGAUUCUCGUGAGACAAACAGCUUUAAACAAUUCACUUAGUCCAUGGCCAGUUUAAAAGCACUUGCAUUGGCAAGUGCACAUGGAGAAUGACUACCCUCUUCCUAGAGGAGCCAGCCUGUCAGCUAUGGCUGUACCAUUGUUGAUCCAAAGCCUUUUAUCUUGCCAUGUGCUGAGCUCAUUAACUUUGGAAUGGCUGUAGGAUGUCAGGAUGCCUGUGUGCAUUGUGCUGCUUCUUGAGUAGGGUUCAUCACCCCAGUCAUGCCUUUGCUUUGAUCCACUUUAAUAAGAGAGCAAUUAUGGCACCACCACUUUAUUUUUGUUGCUGUUGUUGGGUCCCAUCCUUGUGAAAGCAAUGCCAAGGCUUUUAGUAUUUAGCCUGCAUUUCUUUUGUCUUCCUCUUGUGAAGAAACUAGCCAUUAGAAAAUUGAUCACCAUUAGCAAGUGUCUAGGUUAUUGAAACUGGCAUGCCCAAUUUGCCUUGAAUGAAUUACAGUAAUAGUCUGCCUUAAAAAAUGGAAAGGAAAGAGCCAUGCUGCUGUCUUAUCCUCAUUGAAGAUCCCUCCCUCCUGCUUUUUCCUCCCCAUACCUCCAAUUGCACACAGCUUCCACUAGGAAGCUUCUUUCUAUGCAGGGAAUAUGUUUGCUUACCUCCUGCAGCUCUGAUAUAAAUAUACUUUUUGCUCUUGUUUAUUGAGCCCUCUGUGGUCAAAGCAAUGCAGUUUCUUGAUGGCAUUAUGGACGUACAAAUUUUGAGGCUAAUCUGGAAUAGAGCCUGCCUAAAUUGAAAAGUUCUGUAACCUUUCCCAAAGUUUCUUACAACAAAGGCAGGAUAGCCUACCGUUCUCAUACUUGCCCCAGUCUUAAAGUCAGGGUGAUCAAAAUAUGGGAAAACAUGAAGGGCAUGUCCGCAUAAAAGCACAGCGUGCUUUAAUAUAGGGAAGCAUUUCUAAAAAAUGGAAGUGGUAGAGGUCAGCACUGUUUUCUGCCUCAUAACAAUGCAUUGAUUGGCAGAAGGGGGGCAGCUGUGGCAAUCUGGAGCUGUCAGCACUUUGCCUUUUCCCCUGACUUGCAAGCAUCAAAAUCUGAAUGGAGGACAGUGUUUGUUUCCCUGGGCAACUACGCAUGUCCUCUGGUUUCAGAUAGGCAUUGCAUUCCAUACAAAAGCACACAAUUUGGUACUGACUUAAGCAUUCAGAUAACAGGUUGCAAUUUUAAUUCUCAGUAAGGUACCUGUUUAGCUACUUUGUGAAAAUUGCCUUGCAGAUCUGUGGGUGAUGUGUCUGAGUGAAAUCAUCUUUCAACUUUUCAUCAUCUAUCUAUUUGUAUGUUGCUUUUUCACAAGAUUGUGAUCAGAGUAGCUUACAACAUAUCAAGCUAGCAACAACAAUUAAAAGAACAUAAAAACUAAAAUUGUAAUGACAAUAAGAAAACAUCAUUUAACAGUCUGUCUGUACAACACUGUAUAAAACAGCACACAAACACAAACUAAUUUAAUUUAAAUUAACAGCUUAAAACUGAGCAAAAGAGACAAUAAAGCCUCAGGACUUCAGGGUUCUGCACAACUCUUUAUAUCUCAUCCUGAUUGGCAGAAGCAGACUAAAUUUCACAGAGUAAGCCAAUAGAUGCCAGUCUCCUGCUUUAAAUAAUGUAUACAGGCCACAGAAAUUUGGAUUGCUUUGAUGCCUGAAUACACAUAUGGCCCUAACCUUGGGAUAUCCUGGCUUUCUUUGAGACCCCCAGUUAUAGAACAGGCUCUCGCCUAGUUCAGAGGGUGCUCUUUUUAAUGUAGUGCCUAGAUCAGCCUUUGACCUGGUGCCCUCAGAUGUUUAAGGCUACAGUUCCCAUCAGCACCACCCCAGAUAGCCGGGUUGGCUGGUGCUGAUGGGAGUUGUAGUUCAAAAGAUCUGGGCACCAGGUUCCUCUGUUCUUUAUACAUGAACACACACACACUUCUCUGCCUGAUAUAUUUGGGGACUGAUCACCCCAGGGGUUAUACCAGCAAUUAGGAAGCACAAUUCAUGCAGAAAAUUUUAGCUGUGGCUAUGUCUGUCACCUUGGGACACAGCAACAGUACUAGUGCUAAAUGUUUUGGACAGUAUGGAAGUGUGCUGAAAUUUUAGGUGGCACCUAGCCCAAAGAACUGGUCUCUUUUUUAUUUAUAUAAAAAGAUGGGAUGAAGUAAUAACACAAUUUCUGUCCCUCAUUCACCUGUGGAUGGUUCAUAAAUCUUUGUGCUUUAUUAUUUUUAAAGUGCUAACCAACUUUAGCUUUGUGCAGGUAUUUGAAGAAUCACUUAAUUUCAACUUGAGUCCUAACUCUGGAAUGGCUAUAUCACCUGUGUAAUCUAAAUGAGGAGACACUAUAGAACUUUAUGGUUGUGUCUUGUGCAUUUGGGAAACAAACAGAGGAGUUCUCCUCUUCAAUAAAACUAGAAUUUUGAGGAAUAGAAAUACAAACAUUAUGCACUUCAGGCUAUGAAUGAAGGUUUCUUCCUUUUAUUUUCUUAAGAUUUUAUAUUCUCAAGUUCUUAAAUACAAAUUCAUGGAAGGCAAUAAUAGCAAUAGCUAUUGUGUGUAAUGAUUGGGGCAUCUGUUCUAAUGCUUAGAGGGGAAAUGAAGACAGUCUUCUGUUUUUAAAAAAUGUGUCAAAAAGGUUAUUCAGUUGAAACAACCACAGGCCCAACACUGUGUGGCUGUCAGGUGCCUAAUAAUUCAACUAAUUCAACUACCUUCUUCCAGUCUUAUAUGCAGAAAGCCAGAUGCUGCAAGGGCACACUUUGUGCCUCGAAAGAAUAAAACCCAUCAAGGUUGUGUUUGCCUGCUUUUGAAAAAUAUAGGCCUUCUCUGGAAUUUGAUUGUGCAGGCUGACCUUGCCCUUUAAAUGCUGGAACGUAACCCUUUUGUUUAAUGAGUGGUUCCCAUGCAUGUCACCCUCUAUUUAUUUAGAAUAUUGGUUGAUCGUAUGAAGCUGCCUAACUCAGUAUAUGCGAGCUCAGAAGUGUCUGCUGUAACUGGCAGAGGUGUUUCCUAGCUCUAGUACAUGCAGGUGUGUUUAUGAAAAUCUGAGAAAUUGAACAUGAGACCUCCUGCAUACAGUAUAUACUCUUAUUGAGCAAUGGCGCUUCUUUUAUUCUCCCACACACCUUAUGCUAAAAGUAAGAUUACAUUUGUUUAACUGAAAUGCAGCACUUCUUCGGUGAUUAGAUGCACAGUGGUAAGCUACCUCUUGGUAAAGAAUUGCCCUUACGUAUUCUGUUUUUCUUUUGUGUAUUACCAGUGUAGCAAGUGUCUCCUAAAACAUUUAAGUACUUCCAGAGAGGGCAGGAGGUAAGAGAAUCUCUUUGAGGUAUGACGAUGCCCAGUAACCACUGAUGACCCAAAUGCCUGGCAUUUGCAGGAAGCCUGGGUGUCCUUGCUAUGGUGUCACUCCCCUUGCAGGAAAAUCUGAAACUUGAGAGGCCAUGUAAAUUGGAGCAAAUAGAUUACUACAUUGCUCUUUUAUGCUGCAAUCCUAUAAACAUUUACCUCGGAGUAAUUCCCACUGAACCCAGUGGGGCUUACUUCUAAGUAGAUAUGUGUAGGAUUGUACUAUCAGGUCUCUCAAGUCCUUAGCUUUGAAACUUACUUUCAUAUAAAGUGAGAACAAGGAGGUGAAGGAAGAGGUUCAUUUGAGGACAAGUUUGUUUUGUUUUUCAUUUUUACAGUUAAUGCAUUUUAAUGACAUGAAUACAGUAGGUUUUAAUGCACCCUAAAGAUUGGAAAAAAUAUAUAGGACAGUGAAUGUAAGGGAACUGAAGGUAGUUUGACCCUCAGGUGCAGGCUGCCUAUGCUAAACUCCUUUCUAGGUCCAUUUCCCACAGUGGAGCUUUUUGUAUGAUAGUUCUUUGCAGCAUUUUUAGGCAUGUGGCCCAGUUCCGAAUGGAGAUUAAAAAGGCUUCACUGUACAGUCUAUGCUUAAUCUUUACUACUUUCUUAGUGAGAUAUUUUUUGGGGAUAUCAUAGUGGCUGCCAGGGAAUUUUGCCAUGAGGAUCCAUACUCAUGUAAGGUGUACCAAAUACAAGAGUAAAUACCACAAUAGUUAACUACUGUGGUGCAUAGAAACAGCAUUUCCAAAAUCAAAGAUGCUUGUGUUACCUGCACUAGAGAAAAAGCACAUGUAUAACUGAUGGUGAUAUUAUACUUAAUCCUUGUGAGAAAGAGUGUACCAACCUUUGCCAGCCUGGUGCCCUCCAGAUGUUUUGGACUGCAGCUCCCAUCAACCCCAGCUGGCUGGGAUCUGCUGGGAGUUGUAGUUCAAAACAUCUAGAGGGCACCAGUUUGGCAAAAGCUGGUCUAUGGAAAAGGCACUGAUUGUAGUCUUACUACUGUGCUUUCAGACAGGAUAAUCGGUCUUUCUGAAACAGAUCUCUUCCACUGGAUACAUAAUAUUACAACCCUAUCAUAGUUUCCAGAUACAGUGCACCAAUAAAGCAUUUACACAUUGUUCAGAAAUAUUGAAAAUUGACCAUGAGUUAAGAUAACUCACACUUUACAUGUCUAUGUGGUGACCACUGUGUAGUGCCUGUAAACACUGAUAACAUGCUGGUGACGUGCGUUUCCUUCGCGCUUUAUUCCUGGAAGGGGGAAACCUGUGGUCAUCCCUGAUCUUUAUCCAUGCUGGCUGGGGCUGAGUUUCCCACCCUGCUUUACAGUAUACACUUCAUCUACAACACGUACACACAGCAGUUACGACUCCCAUGUUAAAAUGUGAAUCAGUCCUUUGUUUCACUCUACUACCAUUUUUAUAGUAGCAUAGUGUGUACAUAGACACAACGGUGGAGUAUGCUUUUUUUUGGUAAGAAACCUUUCAUUGGCUUGAUUCAUAUUAGGUGGUGUUAUGCUAUGAAUCUCUCUUUUUUUUAUGCCUCAGUCCUAGGAUUGUUUUCUAGAUUUUUAAUUGCUUUUGGAGUUGACCACCUCUGUCACUUUAUUAAGAUUUUAAUGCUUGCACCAGAGGAGAUGUCUGUUCAAUGAUGAACAUUUCUGUAUUUAUGUAUAUUUUGAGAUACUGGCUUCUGCUGAGAAUGGUUGUCCAUUUCUACUGGAAAUAUCACUGUUGCAUUUGCUUUUACAUGGAAGCUCACACAGUUCAGACCAAAUGUCCUGUCAGAACAAAUGGUUGCACACGUUGUUACCCAGUGGGCAGGCUGCAGGUAGUUGGAGAUGCAAACACACAGGGAGAACCUGGUUGCCUUCAGUGGGUCUUGUUUGUCCUUCAGUGGGUUUUAUUUGUUUGUAAUCUGAGUUGCACCACUAUGAAAUUAUUUGCAGAAUGGUACUCGUAUAUAUGUGGGAUUUAAAAAUACCAUAAUUAAUGCUGUGCAGGAUGUCAAUCAAUUUUUAUUUUGCUUUAUUUUAUAUUUUUUUUCUGAUAUCCUGUACACUGCAGUGGGUGUGAAGAUAGUAUUUUAAUAUUUGUACAAAGUUUAAUUUAAUUUCAAUUGUUCUAUGUAUAUAACUGCAUUUCUAAAUUAAAAAAGAAUCUUUUGAAGUGAA